UUCCCGCCCUCGCCUGGCGCCCAGGUAGCUGCGAGGAAACUUUUGCAGAGGCUGCUUAGCCGCUCCGUCUCUUGCUCCACUGAGCGACUUGCAGCCUGAUCGACUCCUCCGACUGCUCCCGCUCCUGCUGCCGACUCUCGCAGCGCUCUCUUAGCUCCCGGUGAAGCAGGAUGGCCGGGACCCUACGCACCGCGUGCUUGGUGGUGGUGAUGCUGCUCAGCUUGGACUCUCCGGGACAGGCGCAGCCCCCGCCACCGCCGCCGGACGCCACCUGUCACCAGGUCCGCUCCUUUUUCCAGAGACUGCAGCCCGGACUGAAGUGGGUUCCCGAAACCCCGGUGCCAGGAUCAGAUUUGCAAGUCUGUCUCCCCAAGGGCCCGACAUGCUGUUCCAGAAAGAUGGAAGAAAAAUACCAACUAACAGCCCGCUUGAACAUGGAACAACUGCUUCAGUCUGCCAGUAUGGAGCUCAAGUUCCUAAUUAUUCAGAAUGCUGCGGUUUUCCAAGAGGCCUUUGAAAUUGUUGUUCGCCAUGCCAAGAACUACACCAACGCCAUGUUCAAGAAUAACUACCCAAGCCUGACCCCACAAGCUUAUGAGUUUGUGGGUGAAUUCUUCACAGACGUAUCUCUCUACAUCCUCGGUUCUGACAUCAAUGUGGAUGACAUGGUCAAUGAGUUGUUUGACAGCCUGUUUCCCGUCAUCUAUACCCAGCUAAUGAACCCUGGUCUGCCCGAGUCAGCCUUCGACAUCAACGAGUGCCUCCGAGGAGCAAGACGUGACCUGAAAGUAUUUGGCAACUUCCCUAAGCUGAUCAUGACCCAGGUUUCCAAGUCACUGCAAGUCACUAGGAUCUUCCUUCAGGCCCUGAAUCUCGGCAUCGAAGUCAUCAACACUACUGAUCACCUCAAGUUCAGCAAGGACUGUGGCCGAAUGCUCACCAGGAUGUGGUACUGCUCUUACUGCCAGGGACUGAUGAUGGUUAAGCCUUGUGGUGGCUAUUGCAAUGUGGUCAUGCAAGGCUGUAUGGCAGGUGUGGUGGAGAUUGACAAGUAUUGGAGAGAAUACAUCCUGUCUCUUGAAGAGCUUGUGAAUGGCAUGUACAGAAUCUAUGACAUGGAGAAUGUACUGCUUGGUCUCUUUUCGACAAUCCAUGAUUCCAUCCAGUAUGUGCAGAAAAAUGGAGGAAAACUGACCACCACCAUUGGCAAGUUAUGUGCUCACUCUCAACAACGCCAGUACAGAUCUGCUUAUUAUCCUGAAGACCUGUUUAUUGACAAGAAGGUAUUAAAAGUUGCUCAUGUAGAACGUGAAGAAACCUUAUCCAGCCGUCGAAGGGAACUGAUUCAGAAGUUGAAGUCUUUCAUCAACUUCUAUAGUGCUCUGCCUGCCUACGUCUGCAGCCACAGCCCCGUGGCCGAAAAUGACACCCUUUGCUGGAAUGGACAAGAACUCGUCGAGAGAUACAGCCAGAAGGCAGCACGGAACGGAAUGAAGAAUCAAUUCAACCUCCACGAGCUGAAAAUGAAGGGGCCUGAGCCAGUGGUUAGUCAAAUCAUUGACAAACUGAAGCACAUUAACCAGCUCCUGAGAACCAUGUCUGUGCCCAAAGGAAGAAUUCUGGAGAAAACCCUGGAGGAGGAAGAGCUGGAAAGUGGAGACUGUGGCGACGAUGAGGACGAAUGCAUCGGAGGCUCUGGUGAUGGAAUGAUGAAAGUGAAGAACCAGCUCCGCUUCCUUGCAGAACUGGCUUACGAUUUGGACGCGGAUGAUGCUCCUGGAAGCAAGCAACACAUGAAUCCGAAGGACAAUGAGCUAAUCGCCUCGCAGAACCGCGGCCACACCCAGUCCCCCCUGAAGCUUCUCACCACCGUGGCCAUUUAUGUGGUGUGCUUUUUCUUGCUGGUGCACUGACUUUAGUGCCCAGCCCCUGUGCUGCCCUGCAGCACCCCGUGGUUUCCCCCUCUAUAAAGGAAACCACCUCCUUAUUUUUUUUCUAUUUUUUUAUCUUGUUUACUUCCUCCAGCCAUUCAGUAGAGGACCAACCCCAUGUGAUGUCUUCGAAAAUCAAAGUGGCAUCUUUAUGAGGAAGCUAAUUUUAGUGUUAGGAUAGAUUGUACUUUUGCAGAAAAGGUAAAAACCAACUGUGCCAAAUUAUUUUCCUAUGUUUGGCUGCUAGAACAUGGUUUCCAUGUUGUCUUUCUCUCUCUCUUUGCAUGGAUUUCUUUAAAAAAAAUAAAUAAAUGAUCAAAUAAAA